CCUUUCUAUUCUUUCCACUUUUUGUUUUUCUAGACUUCUCGUGAAGAACUAUUUCCUUUUUCUUUUUUUUUCUAUUUCUCGUGACUCUUUUUUAGUGUAUACUUUUAUCACCACACAAAAAAAGAGUCAUAUUGAACCCCAUUUUGAAACAAAGAGAAGAAAAACAUUGUCCAUGGCUCAGCAAAGACAUGUUGUAGUGUUACUUGUGUUGGCUUGUUUGUUUACAUCUUCAUAUUCUUCUCAAUAUACUGUUGGUGGCAAAGAUGGUUGGGUCCUUAACCCUUCUGUUGAUUACAACACUUGGUCUCAACAUAUGAGAUUCAUAAUCAAUGACUCUGUUUUGUUUAAGUAUAAGCAAGGAGCAGAUUCUGUGUUGGAGGUGAGUAAGGAUGAUUAUGAUAAGUGUAACACUGGCAAUCCAAUUAAGAAAAUGGAGGAUGGAAACUCCAUUUUCACGUUGGAUCGUUCUGGUCCUUUUUACUUUAUCAGUGGCAACAAAGAUAACUGUGAUAAAGGCCAAAAGUUGCAAAUUAUUGUUAUCUCUGUUAGGAACCAAGGUAAACCACCACAAACUCCGGCACCGGGAGUUGCUCCACCUAGUAAUGGAUCAACUACACCGUCACCUACGGGUUCACCACCAUCUACUGGAGGCUCCUCUCCGGCAGCUUCUCCGCCUAAAGGAUCGUCUACACCUGGUACACCGUCACCCACGGGUUCACCACCAUCUACUGGAGGCUCCUCUCCGGCAGCUUCUCCGCCUAAAGGAUCGUCUACACCUGGUACACCGUCACCCACGGGUUCACCACCAUCUACUGGAGGCUCCUCUCCGGCAGCUUCUCCGCCUAAAGGAUCGUCUACACCUGGUACACCGUCACCCACGGGUUCACCACCAUCUACUGGAGGCUCCUCUCCGGCAGCUUCUCCGCCUAAAGGAUCGUCUACACCUGGUACACCGUCGGCACCUUCAGCUAAUGCUCCGGCAGGAUCAUCUACACCGGGUGCGUCGUCACCUAAUGGGGCACCAGUAUCUACUCCUGCAGGUAAAUCACCAACCUCAUCACCAACACCUUCCGGUUCAACCGCAUCUCCACCAGCUCCUGCGACCGGAGGAUCCGUAGCUCCGGCAAUGUCUCCGGUAGCUAAUGGACCGUCAACUAGUACUCCAGGUUCUUCUUCACCGGUGGCAGGCGGACCAUCGUCUGGAAGCAGUAUGGCACCGUUGGCAGACGGACCAGCUGGAAGUAUGUCACCGGAACCAUCGGCAGGAGGACCAUUAGCAGGCGGACCAUCGGCGGGAGCGCCGGGAAGUAGUGCUUCAGGUACCGGCGGCAGCAAUACUCCGGCUGACAUCAAUUCGCCAGCUGGAGCACCAGAAAACCCAAAUUCAUUUGCAGUAAAGGCAUUUACUCCAUCAAUUGUCCUUGUGUCAGCCGUUUCACUCGUUUUGACUGUGGCUUUGGGAGAAUUUAUUAUUUUACCUUAGGGUAAAAUUACUGGAUAUUACUAUAUUUAAUUUGUGCUUUUUUUUCUUCUGUAUUUUGUUUUAAAUUUCUUGAAUAAUUCGGAGAUUAUUGGAGUGUGUUUAGAUAUACAAGAGAUGUAUUUAAUUUU